CAAAAUAUGGGCCUUAUUAGCCCAUUAGAAUUCAAGAUUAUAAUAUAUUACACAGAAAUUAUUUUAUCUUUUAAAUUAAUUUUGGAAGCUUCUGUAUUGUAUUGCCAUCUCCAUCUCCAAAGAACCUCCUUUUGGGCCGGCCGAAGAUUCGUGGAUUUCGCCCAAUGAACGGUCCAGAAGCUUCCUCUUUCUUCUCCCAAUAUUCCCCCAAAUCCAAAAAUCAGAAUGGUCAAUUAAACAAAAAUGGCGGCCAUUUCAACCCAACAGAAUUCCCUCGAGCUACUUCUAUGGCCGCAGCCAGUAAACAAUGUCUGUAGACAAUUCCCCCAGCUUAAUCUUCUUCUACUUCCUCAUCGUCUUCCUCUUCCUUCUCAUUCUCUUCCGAUUCGCCGUUGUUUUCAUCUCCCUGCUACUCCUCUUCCUCCUCUGCUCCGACGCCGUUUACUCCCUCUUUGCUCUCCUAUGUCCUCCUUGAACUCCGACCACAAUUCCCCCGCCGCUAAAACUGUGAGGGUGGUGGUGAAGGGGAGGGUGCAGGGAGUGUUCUACAGAAACUGGACAAUCGAAAAUGCAAUCGAAUUAGGGUUAAAAGGUUGGGUUCGAAACCGCAGAGACGGCUCUGUGGAGGCUCUGUUUUCGGGCAAGCCCGAAAAGGUUGAAGAGAUGGAGCAGCGUUGCACGCGGGGCCCGCCUCACGCUAUGGUCACCUGUUUUCUGGUGUUCCCCUCCACAGACGAUCCUGGCACCUCGUUCGAGCGUAAGCCAACUCUUUGAAUAAAAAUUCAAUCUUUUCGUGUGUUCUGUAUGAGGAUGAUCAAUAAUUGAAUAUGAAUGGUAGAUUUUCAUUUUGCCAAGGUUUGAGUUUUUUCUUGGUUUUUCCAGCCUGUCAUCUGAUA